AUGUCUGUGGGAUUGAUGCACGUGACAGUGGAGAUUGCUGAGAAGUGUUUCAUCGUUUGGCAUGGUGGCCGCGCACUUUGUAAAAUAGUCCGCUUCUUUCAGGUGUUUGUGAUAUAUGCUUCCACGUUCAUGAUAGUUGCCCUUAGCAUAGAUCGCGCGGAUGCAAUUGCAAGGCCGAUGAAAUUUACACGCAAAGCCACGACAGUCCGGAUAUUGGCAAACGGUGCUUGGAUCAGCUCCGGCAUUCUCUCCAUUCCCUCGUUUCUCCUGUUCGAUACAGUCACCCUCAACGGCGACUCACACUGCAUAAUGACACUACAGGAACGCUGGCAUUGGAAGGUCUACAUAACAUUGAUUGCCAUGACUGCGUUUAUAAUCCCAGCAGCAGUCAUCAUCUCGUGCUACACGAUUAUCAUUUGCGUAAUCUGGGGGAAAGGCAGGGGUCUGAACAGGAAUCAGCCAUCCGAUAGUGACGACAACAUCCAAACUACCCAUCGGACAAGGAAUAAAGGAAUCAUUCCGCAGGCAAAAAUAAAAACGGUGAAAAUGACGCUCAUUUUUAUACUUGCCUUCGUGACUUCCUGGUCUCCCUACUUUGUGUUCAAUCUUGUUGACGUGUACAGGGAUAUUAACACAGUGACGUCACAGACACAAGUCGCUAGAAAGCUUCUUACCCGGUCAAAUGUGCAGUUAAGUAACGGCGGUGGAGAAGGGUCAUCUGGAACGAGUUUGAUGGUCAAAUCCAAAACAAGUGCCACUUGGAAUUGCCUUAAUGGAAUCUUUGACAACAGAAAAUGUGAUUUCAAUACCGCUGAAAAUGAAGUUCCGCAGAUAUUGCCACCCCAGAGGAAACUUUGCCAGCGAAGACCCUCUGGGCUACCAUUGGCAAAUAGAAAAAUGACUCCAUCUGAACUUAUAUUGCUUGAAACAUUCCGUGGUGAGAAGCGUCAGAGUUCAAGCGCGUUUGAUAACGUGAGUGACGCUAACGGUUCAGCAGAAAGAGCCUUGAAUACACGUGUAUAUGUGAGCCAGUAA